CUUGCGGGCAGGGCCCGGCCGAGCCAUGCCUGACGCGCCCGGGCCGGGCCGGGGCUGAGGGCGGCCGGCAGCGCGCUGCGGAUGCCGCGGAGUUCCGCGGGCGGGAGGGAACCGUCCCGGGAACUCGAAGCCUCCUUCGGCCGCCGCUGCCCCUCUCCUCCCCCCGCCCGGCCCGAGCUCGGCGGUUGCGGGGCGAGGAGCUCGGGCGGGGACUGGGGCGCUCCGCUGCCCUGGCGGCCCCCCCUAUGCUGCGACCCGAGGAUGGCCAAGAGACCGCGCAGCAGUGAAGAAGAUGAUGACUUUCAAUACGCAGAUCAUGACUAUGAAGUCUCACAGCAAAGAAGCUUGAAGAAGAUAUGUAACAGGGUGAAAUGGACACGUGAUGAGGAUGAAAAGCUGAAGAAGCUGGUGGAACAAAAUGGUACAGACGAUUGGGCUUUCAUUGCUAGUCACCUACAAAACCGUUCAGAUUUCCAGUGCCAGCAUCGAUGGCAGAAGGUACUAAACCCAGAAUUGAUUAAAGGUCCUUGGACUAAAGAAGAAGAUCAGAGGGUUAUUGAAUUAGUUCAAAAGUAUGGUCCAAAGCGCUGGUCUCUAAUUGCAAAACACCUGAAAGGAAGAAUAGGCAAACAGUGCAGAGAGAGGUGGCAUAACCAUCUCAACCCUGAGGUAAAAAAGUCUUCAUGGACAGAAGAAGAAGACAGAGUAAUCUAUGAAGCUCACAAGCGUUUGGGAAACCGAUGGGCUGAAAUAGCAAAGCUGCUUCCCGGAAGGACUGAUAAUUCAAUUAAAAAUCACUGGAAUUCAACAAUGCGAAGAAAGGUGGAACAGGAAGGAUAUCUACAAGAUGGUACAAAAUCUAGUUCUGAAAGAACUGGUUCAUCCACACUUCCGCAAAAGCCUUGUGUGACUAUGGAACACUUGCACACUCAGAAUCAAUUUUACAUCCCUGUUCAGACACAUAUUCCAGUGUACCAGUAUGCCUCACCAGAAGACAGCUGUGUAGAACAUGCUUCUGCAUCUGCCAACUUAGUUCAGCAGUCAUUUAUUGAUGAUGAUCCUGACAAAGAAAAGAAAAUAAAGGAACUUGAGUUGCUGCUCAUGUCAGCAGAGAACGAAAUCAGAAGAAAACGAUUAUCAUCUCAAGCUGGAAGCUUACCUACCUGGUCUGGAAGUUUUGUUAUGGAAGACUGUGUACCUAAUACACUAAAUAGCCUUGGGGAACAAACAAGCGAAUUCUACAGCAUUGAUGAGACCCAGGGCACAUCCGUUCAGCAGAAUUCACCCACUAAGUAUUUGGCAGUGGAAGCAAAUGCAGUGUUAUCAUCUCUACAAACCAUUCCUGAAUUUGCAGAGACACUAGAGCUUAUUGAAUCAGAUCCUUUAGCUUGGAGUGAUGUCACCAGUUUUGACCUUUCUGAGGCUGUUGCAUCUCCUGUCAAGCCAGCUCCAUUAAAACUAAUGCGGAUUCAACACAACGAACGGGCUGCAGAGUGCCAGUUUAAUGUCAGUGUCAUGCUUGAUGGCAAAAAACACAGUAGCGUCAGUGGUGAGGAAGAGGCGGUUUUUCCAAGCACUCCAAAUGUAACUAAAUAUAGCACUCCGCCUGCUAUCUUAAGAAAGAAGAAGAGAUUGCGUGUUGGGCAAUCGCCAGUUAAUGAACUGAAUGAUGGCUUGUGUAACGAUGCCAUCAAUGUUGCACUAAAGCACACACCAGUGAAAACACUACCAUUUUCUCCAUCGCAGUUUUUCAACACUUGCUCUGGAAAUGAACAAUUUAACCUUGAAAAUCCUGCAUUUACGUCAACGCCAAUCUGUGGGCAGAAAGUUCUCAUUACGACUCCUCUACACAAGGAAACGACACCAACAGAUCAAAAGGAAAAUGCAGGUUUUCGGACUCCCACAAUUAGAAGAUCUCUGUUGGGUUCAACACCAAGGACACCAACUCCUUUUAAAAAUGCUUUGGCUGCUCAGGAAAAAAAAUAUGGCCCUCUCAAACUUACGUCACAACCACUUGCCUUCUUGGAGGAAGACAUUAGGGAAGUUUUGAAAGAGGAAACUGGAACAGAUAUAUUUCUCAAGGAGGAAGAUGACUCUGUGUAUAAAAGCUGCAAGCAGGAGCACAAUUCUUCUAAAAAAGUCAGAAAAUCACUGGUCCUGGAUGCAUGGGAAAAAGAAGAGCUUGGUGCCCAACUCUUCACAGAAGACAGUGGUUUGGAUGUACAGUCAGAAAAUGCAUAUACUACAUCUUUAUUAAUGAUACCAUUGUUGGAAAUACAUGACAACAGAUGUAACUUGACAUCAGAAAACCAAGACACAAAUUCAUCAAACAAAGCAAAUGCAGUAAUUAAGAAGAAACUGAAUGCAUGUUCUUCAAAAAAUGUCAAACUGGAGAAAUCCCUUCAGCCAAAUUAUGAAUGGGAAGCUGUUGUUUAUGGAAAAACAGAAGACCAGCUUAUCAUGACUGAACAAGCAAGAAGAUAUCUGAACACAUACACAGCUACCAGUAACACUUCAAGGGCUCUGAUACUGUGAUGGUCACUGCAACUGACAACCAUCUCUUUCUAUUGAAAUGGAUUCAGUGUUGAAGGAGAUGCCAGCACAAUACUUGUGAAUUAAGUCUUUACUUUGAGACAGCAUGCUAAGGGAAACCUUCAGACUUUCUUAAAGCUUCCUUUCUUUUCUUGACUGACAAAGAACGGACACAAAACUCCUGUAUUCUCUACAAAGGGAUAGUACAAACAGUUCUGCAAUGCAUUUCUUAAAUAUUAAAAAAGUAAUACCUUUAAAUACUAUAAAGAAUAGCAAAGAGCAUUGCAGUACAUACAGAAUAUACAGUUUUUAGGUCUAUUUUUCAUAUUUAUUUUUUUGACUUGCAUUGCUUUUUUUCUGCUAGUGUAUAGAGUAGGUUCAUAGGUUGUUACUGGUUUCUGAAUGAACGACAUACAUGACUGAAUGUGCUUUUGCUUAUGUAGCAUUUUCCUAGUAUGUAAAGAAACACAAUGGAGAGGUGUAUAAAGGAAGGAUAGAAAGUUGCACUACUAAUUUUUUGGUAUGCUGCAAAACAGUGAAAUUAACUACAGUGUUAAAUAUAUUUAUUUGCAAAUGGUACUAGAAGUAGGCAGAGAGGGGUGAAUUAGGUUUUAGUGUAAAGCAUCAGUAUUUUCUUCAUAAAUCUCAAAAUGAGAUGAUUGUUGAAUGUAUUGUACAGUGUGUAGUAACAAGGAAAAAUCUGUAAAUUGGAAAGGAGUCUUUUUAUAAUUUAUUUUCAUUUUAAAGCUUAAAUGUAGAUAUUUAUAUGUAUGCAGGUUGUCUAGAAGCCAACGUUGUUUCCUGUUAAAACAGCAGAAACGAAAAAAGGACAAGUUUAAACCUUUAACCUUAAAGUAUGGUAUAGCAGAAGAAUGACAGAGCUGAAGUGUACAAAUCUAUACUGUAUGUUACAUCUACAUAAAGAUUGCACUAUACCCCUUAAAUCAUGUUGGUCUACAAAAUAGUUACAAGGUAUACCUGCAAUAUACAACUCUUCCCAUACCUUGUUUUAAUAUAUUUAGAAAAGAAGGCUAUGGUCCGUUAUGUGACCUAGAAGUACUUUGUCCUGCAUAGGUACUAAAAACUAAUGCAUUUUAUACCUUAUUAUUAUUAUUAUUAUUUUAAAGAAACUUGGCACCUUGGAUCUCAAAACAGUUGUAUCUGCACUUAAGUUUGACCAUUAUAUACUUACUAAAUGUUUGAAGAGCAAAGAACGUCUUUUAUUUAUGAAAAUCUUGGUCCUUAUUUAAAAGUAUACAGGUCACAACAGUUGCUUUAGUUGCCUAUUUUAGGUAUUUGCACUUAUUUUGUCUUUUUCUUUUUGAAGGAAUGUUUGCAUUUGGUUUUGUUGUAGAAAUUUUUAUGUAGUUAAUUUCUAGCAAAUGGCAAUGGUGUGUUAUCAACAAAUACUGACAGGUAAAUAGAAUUGUACACUGUAGUUUUAGCUAUUUAUGAUUCAAACACUCUUCCUCUCCACUCCCGGGUGUGCUGCUACAGAUGGUGGCAGAAUCGGCUUGCUGCUAUGAGAGAUGGAAAGAGCGAGCAUCGUAUGCACUGUACGUAAAAUUACAAAAAUGAUGUCAGGUUCUCUAGUUAACUUAAUGAGAUCAACCAGUACUAUGCAGGGUGUGGAAAGUAUUCCUAUCAUUUUAAUAUCAAAGAUGGUAGAGAAUAAUUUAUUGGUGGGGAAUUUUAACACAUGAUGAGUCGACACAAAGAAAGUAAUUGGUUAUUUAACUUUUUUAAACAUCUCAGAGCUUAUACAAUCCUUAUUUUUAAGAGUUUUUUAUUUUAUCUUAAAUAUUAAAUAUUCACCUGGCUAUGAUAGUAGUAGGCAUAAACCUCUUUUAACAGUUUUUAAUUCAGACCAAAAUUUUAAGGAGGAGGACAGAGGGGAAUCCUAUACCUGAUGGGAUCAGAAAAGAUCCAUCAUGCCAAGAUUACUCACCAGUGAGAUCCAAGAGGAAGGAACUGGAAUUCUUGGCAGUACUAGAUUUAGUUGUACAUUACCACAGUGGAUUUAACAAAAACAUUUUAUGCUGGAGACUGCAUUUAAUUCUCCAAGGGCGAAAGAACUUUAAAGAGAACAAAUAUCCAGAACAUGGAUGAUAUAUUUCAGCAGAAAUGGUAUCAUAAAAGCUCCCUAUUCUGAGAUUAAGCAUAGAUUUAUUAUAAGUAGUAUUCAUUUGGUUUGGUAUUGGUUGGAUCAUCUAGUUAACUCCUAUUUUGUUUCUUUAGCAAGAAGGUUUUAAUCUUUGAUGUCGGGCAUCUUUUAUUAUUUUUUGAAUGUUGUGUGCAUUUGCAUUUCUUUCAGUUUGUAAGUAGACCACAUGCAGCAGCCAAACUUGCAUGAAAACUAAAUACAUAUUACUCAAUUACUUUUUUUUUGUUUUAAGGUUUGACAUAAUGUACAACAAACACCUUGUUUAUCUUAGUUUUUGUUGUACUACAAACUUUUAUGUAAGAGAAUCUCACAUACAAGGCAGACCAUAUUAAUGUCAGAAAUAAAGCAUCUAUGUACCAGGUUACUGUAUGUCC